AAAGAUCGAAACGAUCUAGCCCGCUUCUACAACAACAAACAGUUCUCAGAUGUCGUUGUCAAGUACGGCGAGAAUAGAUUGUACGCACACAAGAUUAUCCUUGCGGAACAUUCUGUAUAUCUUGCAAGAGCUUUUCUUGGCCUGUUCACAGUCGCCUCAAGCUCUAUCAUUGAUCUAGGAGAUGAAGACGAUCCUGAGAUGAUUCGCGAGAUGAUACGAUCAAUGUACGUUCGCGAUGACACACUCAGCUACUCCGUGCCUCAUCCGGACGAGAGGUCCCUAGCAAUGCUGGUUGAUACGUUUAUACUCGCCGACAAAUAUGACCUUCCGCAGCUACGUCGCAAGACUUCUCAUGCAUUCAAGGCUAGAUUAUCUCACGAUUACUCCCGCAAUGCAGACGAGUUUGUUCGGUUCAUCAUAGCGAGGGUCUGCGGGCCUACUGCCUUCCAGUUUGCCGACAAAAACUUACAGCGCUCGAUUAUAGAGCAUUGUAAGAUGCAUCUUACAGAUCUACUACAAGACCGGCGAUUUGUCGAGCAAUACACUGAAGGGAUACUGUUCGACAGCGAAUCUGCCCUGGCUUUCAACCUCCACGUGGGUAAGAGCGCGCUUGAGAGUAAUGGUUCCGUCACUACGCUGACCAAAGACUAUGAACCGAAGAUGAAUCCGUCUCCUACAAGGUUGGUACUGGAGUUUGAUUGCAGCAAUCUGAAUGAC